AUUAAACAAUGUAAUUUUGUAAAAUGUUCUUAUCAUUUAGGUUUCUUAAUUUUGUACAUAUUUGAGUCGUGAUGAUUUACUUUCAAUCUAAUUAGUGAAAUAAAACAGGAUGUAUAUUAAUCUGUUGAUCUAUAUAAGCAAUUUAUCAGACAAAAUAUUACAAAACACUCUCUGAUGAUGCUAUUUCACAUUGUAUUUGUAUUUGUGUAAGAACUCAACUGCAGGCACAGAACAAGACAAAUAUCAUCUCCAGUAUACAAGUUUGGAUUACAAACGGUGUUAAUGCACUAAUCAAGUUGCUUACCUACAAGUACAUAUCUGAAAUUAUUGCAUCUCAAGUCUUUUAUACAGAUUUAUACACAUAUAUGAACAUAUGCACGUAUAUACAUUUCAAUAAUUAACAUAUAUAUAUUAUACAUCCUUUACUGGAAGCUACACAUUUAUUUCAACAUGAAUGCAACCCAUUUGUCUGAUCCUGUUUUGCUUUCAAGAUUAGUUGUUUUUAGUAUCAUACCUUUUUUCCUAAUUGUGGGACUUGUAGGUAACAUAUUUGUGGUAUAUAUUUAUGUACGCCAAUCCAAGAAAAGCAAUGUAGAAACAUUCAUCCUUCUACUAGCUGUCAUUGAUCUCAUUGGAUGUAUCUUUGGAAUGCCUCUGGAAAUGGCUGAACUUUACCCAGCAAUUCAAUCAAAAUAUUUGUGUAGAUUAUACAAGUUUGUUAUCUUCAUCUGUUCUAUCAUGUCAUCCCUCAUUCUUCUUAUAAUUGCCAUUGAAAGAUUCAGAAGGAUAUGUCAACCAUCUAGCAUACAAAUUACUCCAAAGCUGUGCAUUUCUCUUAUGAUUUUCACAAUCAUUACAGCACUUGCAUUUGUCCUGCCACCUGUUUUAUACACUGAUAGUGUUCCCGUUUCUCAUGAACAUAUGAUCUAUAUCAUAUGUAAUAGUGACUUCAGAAGACCAUUCCUCUGGUUAUAUGCUCUCAUAGCAUUGAUUAUUCACAGUAUCGUUGUCCUCAGCAUGACUGUACUUUAUUCAUUUGUUCGGAAAACGAUCAAGAAGCAUUUCAAGAAAAAAGAAACUAAAGAAGAAACUUCGGAACAUGAACGAAUCAAUCGCACAAACAUUGUGCUUAUCUCAAUUUCUGUUUUGUAUUUUGUCAGUUUUUCACCAACUCUACUAUUCUGUGUCUCGUAUCCAUUCUGCAAAGAUUCUAACUUGUUGCAGAUUUUGAAAGUAGUUUUAUAUCGUACUUGGAUACUAAAUUCAUCCUUAAAUCCCAUGGUGUAUGGAUUCUGCAACAAAAUAUUUCGAAAAAGUUUUGUAAAUAUAUUUACUCGGGAUAAAACUGUCUUUGAAAUGGAAGAGAAAUUUUAGGAUUUGGUUUAUACCACAUUUUCAACAAGGAGGAAUACUUUCAAGUGACAGAAACAUUUUCUUUGCUGACCAUUUCCAACAUUUUGUUUGUGUGUGUGUGUGUGUUAUAUUGAAAAGUUUGAGGUAUUUUUAAUGAAAUAACUAAUUUUUCCAUUAUUUUUCUGAUCUUUGGAGAAUUACAUUUUCUUUCAUAAAAUUGGAAGGCUUUAAUUUAAAUAUGAACAUUUUAAGAUAUGCUGUUUUUAUCCUUGACCCAGAGUCAAUUCAAGAUAGGUUAUUAUCAGAGAGGUCUAUUCAAACACGUAAACAAUCUCUCUAUUACAUACUUACUCUGGAUUCCGUUGUUUUAAACUUUCUAUAGGAACAUAACUGUUUAU